GUUACAUCAGACCCCAAUUGCAAGAUGUGGGUCACCAUAAUUUUAUUAUGUCUUGCAACGUCAGCAUAUGCAAGACCUGAACUAAUCCGACCUGAUGAAGACGCUGUAGAACUUCAAGCACUUGCUCAGACUGAUCCACAAGAAAUGCAAGAUUUUCUAGAAGCCGAAGCUCAACCUGACGAACUGAAUAGAAAGAAAAAACAAAUAACCACAUUUUGUGUAGAAAUUAGACCUAGUGACCAUAAAGCUUUCCAAGUGUGCGAACCCUAUCGUCAAAAAGAGUACUAUCCAAAUCCACAUCAACAUCAACAUCAACACGAAGGAGGUGGGAAUAAUAUAAAACCUCAAUCUGGCCAUUCUGGAGGAGGAAACCAUGUGAAGCCUGCGUUUUCAACUCCUAUCAAAACUUAUGUAUCAUCUGAAUCAUCAAGGCCUCCAUCAAAACAAUCUUUUGAAGGUUUCCAAUCAAACUUCCCUGAAGUACAUAACAUUGGACCAUCUAGGGCAGCAUCAGAAGAUGAAAUGCAAUUUGAAAAUGAAAUACCAUCCCAAGGAGCUGCGAAUGCAAACAAGGAAGGGUUCCUUGAAGUACAUAACCUUGGACCAGCUAGAGCAGCAUCAGAUGAUGAAAUGCAAAUUGAAAAUGAAAUACCAUCCCAAGGAGCUGCAAAUGCAAACGAGGAAGGAUUGAAGUUUUUUGAUGUUCCUGUACCAGUAAGAUCAGCUUUCGAAGAAGAUAACGAUCUAAACGAAGAUGAAAAUCCUUCACAGUCUUCACCAGCUAGAUCUGCUUUUAAUAUCGAUCUAGUGCCUGCUGAAUUAAAAAAAGUGGACACACCAGUAGACGAUACAAUACAUAAAGAUGUAAACGAAGCACUCAAAGAUAUCGACAAAGCUGUUGAAGCACUCAAAGAUAUCGGCAAAGCUGUUAAACCAUCUGAUGAACACUUAACAGAUGUUAAAGAUGAUAUUCAAGAUGUCAAAGAAGAAGUCAAAUCAGAUAUUGAAGAUGUCAAAGAAGAAUUAAAGUCAGAUAUUAAAGAUGCCCAAGAAGAAGUAAAGUCAGAUAUUAAAGAUGUCAUAGAUGUCAAAGAAGAAGUAAAGUCUGAUAUUAAAGAUGUUAAAGAUGAAAUAAACUCCGAUAUUAAGAAAGUUGAUAUAGGAGAUGUUAAAGUAAAAGAUCCAACCCAUAUAAGAGCUGCCGAACAAACUGAUGCAUACAUGCCAAAGUCAGAAUAUGAUCAACAGCACUACAUUCCUUAUUCCCCGAUACAUCAGAAUCACCACAGUGGAUUAGUAAUUACUUGCCAACCAAACCUUGCUGGCUACGCCCAUAAAGUACCCGAUCCAUACUACCAUCAAGGAGGAUAUCAUAGUGGAGGACAUUCUGGUUACAACCAUAGAGCAGCUGAUCCAACCUUUGGAAGACCUUUGCAUAGACCUCAUGCUCAAUAUGGAAAUUAUGGAGGUUACAGGCCGUAUCAACCAUACAGACCACAAGCACAACAUUAUCAAGGUCCUACUUACCCUUAUCCACAACCUCAUCAUAAAACUAUGCAAACGUAUAAACCAGAAACUCAUAAAAUGGAUCCCUAUAAACAAGAACAACAUUAUAAACCAGAACAACACUAUAAACCAGAACAACACUAUAAACAGGAACAACAGUACAAACCAGAACAACACUAUAAACCUCCUCAUCAAUCCUAUCAGUAUUACCCUUAUGCUCCUGCCUAUCCACAACAGCCUCAUUUUAAACCUUCUCAAGGCUUUGGUCACAAAAUUGAAGAUAAAGGUGAACAUCAUUUAAGAUCAUCAGAUGUAUUCGAAACGGUAAAUGGAAAAGAUGAGCAAAAAUCUUUUGAAGAAGAGAUCAAAGAGCAGCAUACUUUGAAAAAGAUGGAAGACAUCUCCAAGCAGAGGCUUGCAGACAGUUGGAUUCCUGAAGAAGUGGAAGAAAUUUUUGUUGGAGAAGCUUCUCCAGUAAGUGAAGAUGACCACCUCAGCAAUGCUGAUGCUAAACCUCUAGAAGACGAAAAGUUCGUAAAUCCUAACGUUGAUGGUAAUGAAGCAGACCAGAGAAUGGCUGAUCCUAAUACGGGAACAGGUGGAUACAUUCACCCCAGUCAUAAUGGUGGUGCAAAGGAAGCAGAAGAUGAAGAAAAUCGAAGGGUUGCUAGUUUUGGUAAUCCAGAACGUGAAAAUGUUCAACCAGACGAUCAAGUUAACGUAAAAGAUGAAGAAGAAAAAGGUUUAAGAAGCGCAAGCUUUGAUCACCCAGAAAGCAGUUUAGGCCAUUCAGAAGGUGAUGAUGUUCACAUUCAUCAUAAUGAGGAUCCAAAAGAAAUAGAUGAUGAAGGUUGGCGAAUUGCAAGUGCUCCAGAAAGUGACACAGGCCACUUUAUUGACAAUAACGAAGCUGAAAAUGUAGGUAUCCAAGAUGGAGGAGGCUGGAGAAGCGCAGAAUAUGGUCCCCCAGCAAUCGAUCACGCCCAUCCAAGUCAAACAGGCGGAGCAAAAUCAGCAGAAAAUGGGGGUUGGAGAAGUGCCAGUUACCCAGCUGUAAGUGAUCAUGUCCAUCCAGAUCAUAAUGGCGGAGCAAAAUCAGCAGAAAAUGGAGGUUGGAGAAGUGCAAGUAACCCAGACGUAAGUGAUCGUGUUAUUCCAAGCCAUAAUGAUCACCCAGUAGACGAACAUGUUCAUCCAAGUCAUAAUGAUCACCUACCAGCAAGUGAUCUCGUCCAUUCAAGCCAUAUUGGUGGAGCAAAAUCAGCAGAAAAUGGAGGUUGGAGAAGUGCAAGUAACCCAGAUGUAAAUGAUCAUGUCCAUCCAAGCCACAAUGAUUACCCACCAGCAAGUGAUCUUGUCCAUCCAAGCCAUAAUGGUGGAGCAAAAUCAGCAGAAAAUGGAGGUUGGAGAAGUGCAAGUAACCCAGAUGUAAGUGAUCAUGUCCAUCCAAGCCACAAUGAUUACCCACCAGCAAGUGAUCUUGUCCAUCCAAGCCAUAAUGGUGGAGCAAAAUCAGCAGAAAAUGGAGGUUGGAGAAGUGCAAGUAACCCAGAAAAUGAUCAUGUCCAUCCAAGCCACAAUGAUUACCCACCAGCAAGUGAUCUCGUCCAUUCAAGCCAUAUUGGUGGAGCAAAAUCUGCAGAAAAUGGAGGUUGGAGAAGUGCAAGUAACCCAGAUGUAAAUGAUCAUGUCCAUCCAAGCCACAAUGAUUACCCACCAGCAAGUGAUCUUGUCCAUCCAAGUCAUAAUGGUGGAGCAAAAUCAGCAGAAAAUGGAGGUUGGAGAAGUGCAAGUAACCCAGAUGUAAGUGAUCAUGUCCAUCCAAGCCACAAUGAUUACCCACUAGCAAGUGAUCUUGUCCAUCCAAGCCAUAAUGGUGGAGCAAAAUCAGCAGAAAAUGGAGGUUGGAGAAUAGUAAAUGUUGGUUCCUCAGGAGGCGAAGGUGAUCUAACACAAGAUGAAGGACUGAGAAUGGCUCAAGGAGAAAAUGAGAAUGGAUCAUUCGAAAACAGGAUAGAAGCGUCUUAAAAUAUUACUCCCAUUUUUUGUACUUUUAUACGUAG